AUGGGGUUCCACAAGGGAGCUGCCUUGGCCCAUUUUUAUUCUCGCUGUACAUGCUGCCACUUGGUGACAUCAUCAGAGAACACAAUCUGGUGUUGCUGCAGUUUGUCAGAGGUCAGCUGUGCUUCUCUGGCUUCAGCUCUGAAGUCCAACCCCUCCCAUCUGAGAAAGCUGAAUCUGAGUGAAAACGAGCUUCAGGAUUCAGGAGUGAAGUUUCUGUGUAAUUUUCUGGAGAGUCCACACUGUAGACUGGACACUCUGAGAUUGGAUUGCUGCUGUUUGUCAGAGAUCAGCUGUGCUUCAAUGGCCUCAGCUCUUAAGUCCAACCCCUGCCAUCUGAGAGAGCUGGGGAUAUCCCUCAACAACCUGAAGUCAAGUCUGCAGCUGCUGUUGGAUCUUCUGCACAGUCCACACUAUAGACUGCAGAUUAUGUGCCAUUGAUGAUCUCUGCAAGAGUGUGAGUGAACAUUCAGGAGUAUGUUGACAGAGAAUCAGCUAUAUCCUGAUGAUCCAUCUGGACCGGAGUCUGGAUCUGGACUUUGUCAUCUUCAUUUAAGUCUUUUAACUGACUGCAAACUGUGCAAAACAGGUGUUAUAAGUAAGACUCUAACCCUGGGCCCAUAUUUAUUAAGCGUCUCAGAAUCGCACUGAGAGUUAACAAGGACUAAAACUAAUUAAUGAAGCAGAGGAGAAUUUACUCUGACUUUCAGCAGGGGUAGGAUUACUCCUGGGAGAGAGUGAGAAGUCGCUGUUUUAGCACAGUCAGAGCAGCAAAGUAGAAAUAAUGAUGACAUUUUGUAGUUUUCUCACAGUCUCGGCUAGAAAUAUUAAACAGAGGUAGCUUGGUAUAUUAUGUGUAUAUACAGAUAACCAGGCAGGUAACUUAUCAAGGUUAUGUUUCAAAACUUAAUUGACAAAAAAAAAUCAUUACAAGACAAUAUUUACAAACUGUAAAGAAAGCCUGAGAAGUACAUGUAGCCUCUAUCUUCAUUAAGAUAACAGGUAAUUCAACUCAGCUGGUGAAAUUAUCUUGAUUCAGCUACAUGGUUUCACAGCCAGUAAUAGUGCUGCAUCUUGCACAACCCUCUCCAUGAAGAACAUCUUCUCUUCCAAUGUCCAAUUCCUCUUUUAGCUACACACCAAGUUAACUUCUGUUCUCUACAUAAAGGUAAAUACAGCAUAGCAAUAGAAACAUAUAUUGUUCAGGUGCAUCCUCCUCUCUCAAAUGUAUAGUAUACUUUAUAUCUCAUAAUGAUAUUUAACAAGUAAACUUGUAGGUGAGAUCAUGUGAAUCAGAUGCCUGAUCCAGCCCUAUCCAAUCACAUCCCUUACAUCUUUUUUCUACAUUAGUGCAGCAUCUUGCAUGUAUUGUACAACACUGCAUCAUUAAUAUUGAUGUGUCCUUACAGCUCUUUUAAAUAUAUAUCUGCCAUCAUCAGUUUAAAACUAAUGAAUCAUUGAAUCAAUAAAGCCAGGAUUUGCAUGAGUGCAGCUUGUUUUUUUAUAAGUUGACACUGAGUGGUGGGAAAUGAAUUAGUGCUGAUUAUCAGCACAGAUAAAUAUGGGGUCUGGUCUUUGCUGUCAGGGCUCUGGAUCAACCUGUUUGAGGAGCUCAGUCUGAUAAGUCAUUAUCUUCCUUUAAAUCACUUCUUCAAACUAAUUUUAUCCACUGAUCUACCAAUUAUUUUUGUUUUAUAUGCUGUACAUCUUAAAUUUGAAUCUUAUGUCUGUUUUACUGGUUAAUUUCCUUCCUGUAUGUGUGUGUUAGUUUUGUGUAAAACAUUCUGUAAUGGUGGUUUUGAGAAGUUUUGUAGACUUGUGAAGGGAGGGUGGUGGGAUGAUGGUGGUGGGAAACAAAGACCAAAUUCUAACUGCAGAAACAUCUGUGAAAAUAAAUGAACUUUCAGCGUUUUUAUCCUGUGCCAAGCUUCAGCUUCAUGUAUAACAUCUAUUUUUAUUGUAGUUAUUUUUUCUGUCUUUGUGUAUAAAUGAGCCAUAUUUGAUUGAAUCUGUGUUCUUUGUUGUGGAUA